AAUGUUCGCCACGCGAUGAUCUGCCGCAUGUCGGCGAUUAGCAGAAACUUAUAACGCCAUUGUCGCACAUCACGCGCGCAAAUGUGAUCUCUGACCGCGAAAAUGGAGGCAGUGGAGGUCAUUAUCCCUUAUCGUUACGGUCAAUAUUAUCGACCCUGAGGACACGGUGCAAGGGAACACGACUCGCGACCGACUCCGCGCAUGAUAGUUCCUAUGGAAACUUGCGAUCGAAUCGCGACACCCGCUGGUGUCUGCUUCUUCAGCGUCGUAAGGGCAUAUGUUCCGUCGUGCCAGGUUAACCUGAGGUACGUCUACGCCCGACCCCCUACCGCAGUCUCACAAAUAUUGAUACGACGAGAAGUCGCGGAACCGGAGAACCGUGCCGGAAGACUGUCGCGGAACUUUGCUUUCGGAAUUUCGAAUUAAUUUCAAUCAGCAGGGAAUUGGUGCAUCUUUUGUUUGCAAUUUUGCUCUUAAAAUUUUAAACAAUGAGAAACUAUUUGGGAGGGAGUUGGUUGACAUUCACAACUAGGUCGCAGUCAUUACGGGAAUUUCCGAUUAAUUGAAGGAUACGAAAGAAUAUUAUUUUAACAAUGUAUUUCAAAAUUUUAUUAAAAUCUAAAAGAGUAGGCAACAUAAUCAUAUUGAAAAUAUUAAAAGAUAAUUGAAGGAUUUUGGAAAAUAUUUAUAAUCUACUGAAAAAGGUCGAGGAAUGGGGUUCAUAAAUAAAAAUCAGUUUAUUUUGAAAAUAUUAAUCAAAUUAUAAGUAAUAGAAGUUAGACAUUUAAUAAUAAAAUUGUCAAUGACAGAAUUUCUAGAAGAUAACAUUUAAAUGACAAUUAAAUAUCUAACAAUAUCUUGAUUGAAAAUUUUUAAACUGUUGCAACAAUAGAAAUUAAUGACAAAUCUUUAAACUUCACGUUAAGAAAACAGCCUUUAAUAUCAUGCUACAGUUUUGCAAGAUAAAAUUGAUAUCUGAAAUGUACGAACGAUUUAAUAAAAACAAUUGGGUGAUAUGAAGUGUUCGAUGUUAUUGACGUUACUGGUGGGAAUUUCCGCUGACAAUCGCUGAUUCCCAAAUAGAUUUAGAUAAUGGCUUUCCAACUGGACGAUCUGUUGAAGGAUGAUAAGAAGGAUGCAAACUUGAUACCUGAUUUGAGUAAGGCGACCUGUAACUCUCAAGAGGAAUUCCGGCGACUCAAGGAAAACUGUCCGGAAUUUAAAAUUAAACCGGAAAAGGUAAAACGAGAAGACACAAAAGUUCGCGACAAGGAGUUUUCUUGGAAAGCGACGAAGAAAGAGCUCAAAGCCAUCGGCAGGGAAUGGGCUUACGGGAAUCCAGUUCCACCCGACAUGAGAGAAUUAGAUCUGCAGGAGCUGCAACAAGUCGCCAUCGAUUGGCGGAUGCUAACUCCGAUUAGACCGAAGCUUCGUCAGGACGAAGAGAUGUUCUCCAGACUGGUGGAAAUGGGCAAAUUGGAAUUGAAGACGAUAAACAAAGAACGACGUUCGCCGACGAGUCCUAUUAGACGAAGCAAGAAUCGCGCGGGUAUAAUCGAAAGCAGCGUGAAGACCUGCAGAGAAUGCGGCGAGGAGUAUUGCUUCGGUGAAUUUUGCGGGGACGUUCUCUACGAUUCCUUCGUAAGAGUGCCGGUCGCCAUUCAUCAACCGAAGAUCAAAGUAUCUGCUGACACUGAAGCCAUAAUUGCCAAAAUGGAUCGGAAGAAGAAGAAGAAGAAGAAAGGAAAGAAGAGGGUGAAGAGUAAAAGCAGAACGUCCAAGAAAUCUGCCAGGCUGUUGGUCAACGGCAAGACGAGAAGAUCGAUAACGGAUCUCGAAACCAAGAAUGUUAAAGUGAAAGAUGGCGGAGGACAAAGUGAGAAGCCGGUGAAGCAGUUUAAGAGGAAGUGUAGCAAGUAUACGAAAAAAGGCCUUUUACGCAAAUAAUAAUUUAUAGUAUACAGGAAUUGGAAAGCCUGUAAAAAGUUGCAUGCGCUUUAAAGAUACCUCACAUAUGUAUUUCCAUAAUAUGUAAUUUGUAUAACGGGCUUCUUGAUAAAUAUAAGGAAAAGUAUUAAUCGAGUAUUAAAAAAGUAAACAUAUGCGGCACAUCUUUGAUAAUCUAUAUCUAUCCAAAAGUACUUGUAGAUAAGAUGUAAAGUAGACAAGGGUUAUGUUGCAUUUUCAAUAAUGCAAAAACGUAAAGUUCUGAAGUGUUAGUAUGGAAAAAAAAAUAUUUCUAAACAACGAAAGCUAUAUAUAGUUGUACAAAUCGAACAGACGCACAAUGAAUGCUCCCAAUUAAAUGCUGGAAAAAUAUAACUUUUAUUCAGUUUGUCUCUCUUCUCUCUCUCUUUCUGUCUUUCUCUACCUUGUCCCAAGAUGCGUUCAGCUAUUCGUACAUUUUUCCAUAAAUAUCACAACCGAAAAGCAUAUUUUCGCGAAAAAUGUUCUGUUCGCCGCGAGCGCGACAAGAGUGCGAAAAUAUAUAUUUAUGUAUCUCUUAUAUAUCUCUUUUGCAUUUCACAAAUAUAUAGAAUCUAUCUCGAUAAUAUAUAUUCUGAUUUCAUACGCAAUAAUCAUUCACGUGAUACGCGGAAACAGAAUAUUUUUCGUCAAUAUUAUAUCUUCCCCAUUGGUUUUCGAAUAUGUUUCGUUUAUCAUAUUCUCUUGGUUUGCCUUAAUGCUAACGCUCACAAAAGCUAACAAUAAGAUUUAAAUUAAUCGAAAUACACGCACAUUUACACGACUAUGUGUAUAUAUAUAUAUAUAUAUCCACAUAUGUAUAUAUAUAUAUGCAUAUCCACAAAUUCAUAUAUAUAUAUGAGAGCACCUCUAUAUAUAUAUAUAUACACACAUCGUGAAUUUCAAUAUUAUAAUUUGUCACACGUUGUCGUGGUCGUAACAAUCCCUUUGUGAAUAAAAUAAAUUAUACAUAGACUAUGUCAUACAUGUAUAUUCGACACAGUUGCCUCGCGAUUAUUUGCUCUUUCUCGUUUUCUUCUUAUCUUAUCUCUACGUAACAGUCGAUAUUUCGAAUGCGAUCAGAGUCCUCGUGUGUGUGUGUGUGUGUGCCGCAUAGCCGUAAAAAUUGCAGCUACACCGAAUCGCAUGUCCAAAAUAGGCCAUCAUAAUUGCGCUAUCGUUAUUUCGAUGCACGAAUCGGAGAGAUUCGCGAAAUGUUGCACGUUGGCGUAUGGACUGUGACCGAGAGAUACGUCACAUUCAUCGGAAAAUAUGCAGCACUCUAUGGAUUUGUAAUCGAACAUGCUGUAUUAACGUUCAGCACGCCACGUCGUUCACUUUGAAAAUGGAAAAAAUCAAAUCCGACAUAAUCCUCUUACAGAAUUGAACACCGCAAAAUGUGACUUGUACCAUUUUCAAAAUAGACACAGAUGCGUAAUUCGUUGGACGCUGAUCGAUCCUUCGAAAAUAUCUGUCUAAACAUCUGAUCGCUAGAUCUUAGCUGCCGCAGAAACCGUUCUGGAUACGCAGCAUUGCACAUUAUACAUUUAGUAAGAAGAACAUUGCUCGUUAAUAUACAUAUGUACAGUGGCGAUAUAAUACUUCUUCGAUUUUAUAGUCAAUUCGUCUUCUCCAGAGAGCGCCUCUUUCAUCUCUAUUUAGUCUCAUUCAGAAUCUUCGCCGUAGAACGUCGGAGAAAGUACUCUCUCCGCUCGAGUAAAUCUAGAAAGAAUCUCGCAAUAGCGAGAGUGUUUCACAUCCGAUACGACUACACGUCGAAUAUAUACAAAGCAUGGUAAUUCGACAUACGUGGUGCACAUUCGGCGUGUUCUGCCAAUUCAGCUAGAUUCGUUUUUGCGAAUGCAACGUAGGCGAUGUUGCUCUAUUUUUAGAACAGUACUUAGAAAAAUAAAUUUCUUGUGCUUCCCUCGCCGAUGCGAUUCGAAAGCCAUUUCUCCAGCCACGCUCCAGUUUUCCUUUCGCGCGGGUGUUAAGUACGCCGCUAACUAGCUCGUUAAGCUAAUGGUUGGAUCAUUACGAGCAUAACUUGAAUCAUCUCUGAAACUUUACUAGUGCACUACUGAGGAACUUCCACAAGUCUCAAUUUUGCGCUCAUUUCGUCAUCAAGUAUAAUAUAAUUUAUAACUUUGUUACAAAUAAAAUAAUAAUGCACACGCCGCGAUAUAACAAUCAGUUUCAUUGAAGUCGCUAUUCCAUAGCUCUCUCGAUUUUACGUAAAAUUUAAUUCGAUACUGCUCGUAAUAUCCCGACUUGCCACGUCGAUUCUUUGCAAAUUCUAAUGCACAGGGAAAGCUCGAAAAAUGAACUUGUAAAAGUUUCGAAGAAAGACUCGGCUCUAUCGUGUAAAUUAAAUUAGCUACUCAAUUAGCUACUGAGAUAGUCGCUCGCUUGGCGCCAACUGCCAACGAACUGACACUCUCUGAUGAUUACAAAGCUACAAAGGAUGGUGAGAGAAAAUUCACGCAGUCUUAUGACUUUCGGUCAAAAACCUAAACGUAGUCCCCGAAUAUAGCAUAGCUAAAAUCUCCUUUGAUACUCACGAAUUAUUAAGAAGAAAAUUCAGCCUCGAACGUAAUCGAAAAGCAAAGAUCCUUUUUUGGCACAGGACAUAAACAGUCGUUACAAGCAAUUUGAUUAACGAUAGAUAGUUCCUUUGCUUGUAGAUUUAUAAUUCAAGCUCAUUCUAUGUGUGUUUUAUAAA